CGGGCGGCGACGCAGAAAGGAAGCAGCCGAGGCCGGGGACGGCGCCCAGGACGCCCGAGACAGAUGUCUGGGAUGGAGGACUUAUCUGCACGUAACAACUUCUACAUCGGCCUUGGCCUAGCUCUCAGCUCCAGCUUGUUCAUUGGAGGGAGUUUUAUCCUCAAGAAGAAGGGCCUUCUCCGGCUGAGCGGAAAGGGCUCUGUCCGAGCAGGUCUUGGAGGUCAUGCAUACUUGCGAGAGUGGUUGUGGUGGGCAGGGCUGCUAUCUAUGGGAAUUGGAGAAGCUGUAAAUUUUGCUGCAUAUGUUUUUGCCCCAGCAACGCUGGUAACGCCUCUGGGAGCACUAAGUGUUCUAGUCAGUGCUGUUUUAUCCUCCUACUUCCUGAACGAGCGGCUAAAUGUCCAUGGGAAAAUCGGCUGCAUUCUGAGUAUUUUGGGAUCUACAGUCAUGGUGAUCCAUGCCCCAGAGGAAGAAGAAGUUGCCAGUCUGGAGUCAAUGGCAGAGAAAAUGAAAGAUCCAGGAUUCAUCGUGUUUGCCGUGUGUGUGGUGGUGAGUUCCAUUCUCCUCAUCUUCGUGGCCGGGCCUCGCUACGGACAGAGCAACGUUUUAGUGUACGUUCUGGUCUGCUCUGCCAUCGGUUCGCUGUCCGUUUCUUCCGUCAAAGGCUUGGGCAUUGCCAUCAAAGAGCUGUUUGCAGGGAAGCCCGUUUGGAAAGAACCCUUGGGCUGGAUUCUCUUGGUGUGCCUCGUGGUCUGCAUCAGCAUCCAGAUCAACUACCUGAACAAGGCCUUGGACAUAUUCAACACCUCUGUGGUCACCCCCAUCUACUACGUCCUCUUCACCACCGCAGUUAUGACCUGCUCGGCCAUCCUCUUCAAGGAGUGGCAGCACAUGGUUUUGCUGAACAUCAUCGGCACCAUCAGUGGCUUCCUCACCAUAGUUUUUGGCAUCUUCCUUCUGCACGCUUUCAGAGACGUCCCUUUCACCACAGACCUGCUGCCUCUGUUCCUGAAACAUGGCCCAAGGGAUGUGCAAGUAGCUUCUUGGAGAAAGGGGGACAAGCAUCCGUCCUGUCUUCAUCGGCCCCUCUUGGAAUCAGAGGACAUGCUCAAAGAGGGGACAGGGAAAGCAGAGGUAGAGGAAGGCCAGAGUUUUUGAAAAACGGUGCAGUCUGUUGGCUCGGACACCGUACUGGCCUUAGAGCUCUUCCAAAGAACUUUGCUACUGCUGCUGCUUUACACCAGAGCACUUGAAUCAUUCAUGGGUAACCUUGAAGUACUUGAGAAAAGUUUCCUCAUCUAGAAACUCUUUAACUGGUAACUUUCUUGAACCAAAUAAGAGAGAGUUCAGGCUAGAGCAGGCAGCUCUCAUCUCUUUCAGCCUCCUUCAGCAUUGUCAACUCCUCUCUUUUCCUUCUGUGCUUCUACAAUUAGCUUGGAGAGAAUUUGUACCUGAGUAGGGUUUUGCAGCCAACCCCACUGCCCAGCCUUCCCACAGAGAAAACAGCUUUUCAAACUGCACAGUGUUUCAGAAGUGUUCGAUGGUGGGCUAUGGGAGUGUCUAUUGCUUGAAAUAGGGGAGGAGGAGGAGGCCAGCACUCUUAUAUGGUGCACACAAAUCUUUAUCUUUAGGUGCUCACAAACCUAUCUGUCUUCCCAGCAAGAGACAAGAGUGAAUGAGAAAUUGGGUUCACCCUCCCACACUCUUGGCACUGAUCCCAGGCCAUUUCAACAUCUUGGAGAGAUGGAGGGAGUCUCAUUCAACCUAGGGAACUUCCCAUGUGGGCAAUGAAAAGAACUUUUCAAGAAAGAGGAGAUUCUCCUUGCAUUUCUCCUCUGGAUCAUUUUAGGGAAAAGAGGACAAGACUUGGGGAGAGGAGGGUGGCUUGAUCCUACCACAUAAAGUGGAUCAUUGAUAAAAUUAGGUGCUAAGCAGUGGGUUUAACUCACAAACAAAGGAAUGUUCUCAACCUUUUUGCCUAAAUGUGCUUUUGAAAAUCACAAUCACUAAUUGAAAUCAAUGUGAUUUGCAUUCGCAUAAGUGUACUUAAGCCAAGGAGCAAGACUCCCUUAUGAGAAAGUCGCUGCUGUGUCUAAUCUUGGCAAUAACAGUGCCUUACCACUUUCUGAAUGUAAGGACAAUAUAUUGUGGGUGGCCUUAAAGGUUUAACUUCUAAAAUUUAAAAGUGUUAACAGUUUACAAAUUAUUUAAAACAAACGUGUUACUAUCUUGUAUAGCCUUGCAGAACCUAUAGGGUAACACUUGUUGCAGAUAUAUAUAUAUAUAUAUAUGGCUUUUUAAAAAGAAUGUAUGUAGCGUUUUCGUUCAAAUUCAUUUGUAUUGUUUGUUAACUUUAAGGUAUCACUUUGGCUUA